AUGAGGAUCAACAAUCAGUUGCAGCACAAGGUGCAGGGCCGCCCCGAGGACGAUUCUGUUCGGUACGAGCCUCUUAGUGCUGUCUUUCUAUCCGAGGCCUUGAAGCUGCUCAUCUCCCUCGGUGGUGCUGCUUGGGCUUUCAACAACAACACUGAAGACCGCGCGGCAACUACUUCCGGGUUUUUAGAUUACGUGCGGAGCGGUCAUGACAACGCUGCCAUACCAGCUUUCCUGUACACGCUCUCGGCAACCAGCCAGAGCUUUGGAGCUUACCAUCUCAGCAUUCUACCGUACCUGAUGCUGUCGCAGGUCAAGCUAAUCCUGACACCCAUUUUCAGCAAGGCUCUCCUAACACAGACUCUGCACCCUCAUCAAUGGCUGUGCCUGGUCAUCAUGGCAGCGGGGAUAGUACUGGUACAGGUCGGCUCUCUGCCAUCGUCAUUCAGCGACGUUGCCGGCGGCGACGCGGGUAAAGAUAGAGCCUUCGGAAUUGUCACCAUGCUAGUGGCUGGUUGCUGUAGCGCUUUCGCUGGUGUCUAUAUGGAGGCCGUUCUAAAGUCCUCAGAACGUAGUUUCAUGGUUCGCAAUGCUCAGCUGGCGGCAUAUGGUUGUUUGUGUGCACUUGGCGGGUUCUUGUGGCAGUCAGACUUUAGCACAAAGGGAUUCUUCCGUGGUUACACAAUGCUGGUGUGGGACUUUGUUCUGUUACAAGCCAUGGGAGGGUUUCUUGUCUCCUGGGCGGUCCGUGUAUCGAGCACCAUUGCGAAGAAUUACGCCCAGAGUUUGGGUUUCCUGUCAGCCUCGACGAUUCCCCUACUCUCGUCGCCUCGCGCAUUGAGCUUUGAGUUAUACUGUGGUAUCGUGAUGGUUCUAGGAGGUGUAUUCGGGUCUCUCUGGAAGACCGAAAUACCUGUUGAUUCCAUAGAUGGCAGUGGUGAAAGGCCUAAAGAAGGAUCAAUAGUUUAA